AAUUUAGAGAAGGGAUCAUAUGCAGUCUUUUCCUAUUAAGCUCCAGACAGCUACAGGGACUCUUCUGAGAUUAGACAAGAGCCUGGAAGUCUAUCAACUGCCAACAUGGGGAGACAGUGGAACCUCUCGCCUUGUGCGUGCAUCGUGAAUCUUGGGAUUACCCUGGUGAUCCUUCUGUCCUGCAUUCAACAAGUAGAAACGGCGAAAAACAAGGAGUCCUCGGAUGGAAACACGACCAACAACUGCGUGGGCUCGUACACGUGCUCGGCGGGAGUGAUACUGCCCAUCUGGUACCCUCAGGACCCUUCAUUCGGCGACAAGGUGGCCCGAGCCAUCGUCUACUUCGUUGCAAUGAUCUACAUGUUCCUGGGCGUCUCCAUUGUCGCCGACCGCUUCAUGUCGUCCAUCGAGGUCAUCACCUCGCAGGAGAGGGAGAUCACCAUCAAGAAGCCCAACGGCGAGACCACCACCACCACGGUGCGCAUCUGGAACGAGACCGUCUCCAAUCUGACGCUCAUGGCGCUGGGAUCGUCGGCGCCCGAGAUCCUGCUGUCGGUGAUCGAGGUGUGCGGCCACGGCUUCGUGGCGGGCGAACUGGGGCCCAGCACCAUCGUCGGCAGCGCCGCCUUCAACAUGUUCGUGAUCAUCGCCAUCUGCGUGAACGUGGUGCCGGACGGCGAGGUGCGGCGCAUCAAGCACCUGCGGGUCUUCUUCGUCACGGCCACCUGGAGCAUCUUCGCCUACACCUGGCUGUACCUGAUCCUGGCCGUCAUGUCGCCGGGGGUGGUGGAGGUGUGGGAGAGCCUGGUCACCUUCCUCUUCUUCCCUGUCUGCGUGCUCUUCGCCUGGGUGGCCGACCGCCGCCUCCUCUUCUACAAGUACAUGUACAAGCGCUAUCGCACCGGCAAGCAGCGCUCCAUCAUCAUCGAGAGCGAGGCCGAGAGGCCGCCGAACAUGGCGCACUCGGCCGCCGCCGCCAAGGUGGACAUCGAGAUGGACGGCAAGGUGGUGGUCAACUGCCACGAGGGCGGCGGCCGAGGAGGAGGAGGAGGAGGAGGCGAGGCGGCAGAGGGAGGCCAGGCCGCGGACGGGGUUAACGUCGUCGCCGCCGCGGUGGACGAGAAAGAUCGUCAGGACGAGGAGUCGAGGCGGGAGAUGGCGCGCAUCCUGAAGGAGCUGAAGCAGAAGCACCCGGACAAGGAGAUGGAGCAGCUGAUCGAGUUGGCCAACUACCAGAGGCUGAGCCAGCAGACCAAGAGCAGGGCCUUCUACCGCAUCCAGGCCAUCCGCCUCAUGACCGGCGCCGGCAAUAUCCUCAAGCGCCACGCCGCCGACCAGGCGAGGAAAGCCGUCUCCACCCAGGAGGUGAGCGGCUGCCCGGUGGACGACGGCCCCGUCAGCAAGAUCUACUUCGAGCCCGCCAUCUACCAGUGCCUGGAGAACUGCGGCUCCAUCGCGCUCACCGUGGUGCGCCGCGGGGGCGACCUCACCAACAUCGUGUCCGUCGACUUCAGGACGGAGGACGGCACGGCCAACGCCGGCUCCGACUAUGAGUUCACCGAGGGCACGGUGGUGUUCAAGCCCGGCGAGACGCACAAGGAGCUGGCGGUGGGGAUUAUAGACGACGACAUCUUCGAGGAGGACGAGAACUUCUGCGUCCACCUGAGCAACGCGCGCCUCGGCGAAGGACAGGCGGCGGUUGGGACCGGCGCCUCGUGCGCAGGCGCGCAGGCGGGGGUCGCCCAGGACGGAGCAUCCGACACGAGCCCCGGCGCAGCCGCAGCAGCGGCAGCAGCGGCGGGAGGGGCCGAGGCCGCCGCGGAGACCAAUCACGUGACCGAGCUCGUGGCGCUGGGCUCGCCGGCCACCGCCAACGUCACCAUCUUCGACGACGACCACGCGGGCAUCUUCACGUUCGAGGAGAAGGCGGCGCACGUGAGCGAGAGCGUGGGGGUCAUGGAGGUCAAGGUGCUGAGGAUGUCCGGGGCGAGGGGCGCCGUGGUGCUGCCCUACCGCACGGUGGAGGGCAGUGCGCACGGCUCCGGAGUGGACUUCGAGGACACCUACGGGGAGUUGGAGUUUCAAAACGACGAGAUUGUCAAGACAAUAGAAAUCAAAAUAAUUGAUGAUGAGGAGUAUGAAAAAAACAAGAACUUCUUCAUUGAGAUUGGGGAGCCACGCUUGGUGGAGAUGAGUGAGAAGAAAGCCUUGUUGUUGAAUGAGCUAGGAGGCUUCACAAAGACAGGAAAAUGCUUCAGUGGCCACGCUAUCUACAGGAAGGUUCAUUUUAGGGACAAUCCAGUCCCAUCUACUGUCAUCUGCUUUGCAGAUGAUACUGAAAAAAAUGAGCAUCCCCUAACAAACAAAGAGGAGGAAGAAAAACGAAUAGCUGAUAUGGGCCGCCCUGUCCUUGGGGAACAUACAAAGCUGGAAAUCAUAAUUGAGGAGUCCUAUGAAUUUAAGAAUACCGUGGACAAACUGAUCAAGAAGACAAACUUAGCACUGGUUGUGGGCACUAACUCUUGGAGGGAACAAUUUAUUGAAGCAAUCACUGUGAGUUCUGGAGAAGAUGAUGAGGACGAUGAAUGUGCUGAGGAGAAACUGCCAUCGUGCUUUGACUAUGUGAUGCACUUUCUGACAGUCUUCUGGAAAGUUUUUUUUGCUUUUGUACCUCCUACGGAUUAUUGGAAUGGCUGGGCCUGCUUUGUAGUAUCCAUUCUAAUGAUUGGUUUCCUAACUGCUUUCAUUGGUGACUUGGCUUCCCAUUUUGGCUGUACCAUUGGACUGAAGGACUCUGUCACUGCCGUGGUGUUCGUCGCCUUGGGAACCUCUGUUCCAGAUACCUUCGCCAGCAAAGUAGCUGCAAUUCAAGACCAGUAUGCUGACGCAUCAAUCGGUAAUGUGACCGGAAGCAAUGCUGUGAAUAUUUUCUUAGGAAUUGGUGUGGCUUGGACAGUUGCGGCAGUUUAUUGGAGUGCACAGGGAAAAGAUUUUGAGGUGCAGCCGGGCACACUGGCAUUCUCUGUCACUCUCUACACCAUAUUUGCUUUUAUAUCCUGUGGUGUGUUACUGUAUCGAAGGAGGCCAGAAAUUGGCGGAGAAUUGGGUGGACCACGGACUGCCAAGCGUCUAACCUCAUCACUGUUUGUUCUGCUUUGGUUAUUAUAUAUUCUUUUCUCAUCUCUGGAGGCCUAUUGCUACAUAAAAGGCUUCUAAUAAUCAACAGCAUAUGAACAGAAUGGACGUUUAGUAUUUUACGCACCUGCUGAUGGAAUGCAAACCUCUGGGAGCAUUCCUUUUACUAAGUAGGAGUGGAUCUCACAGUGCUCCAUCUGCAGGGGCAUCACACAACAUGAGAAAUGAAUGUAGUAGAGCUCAUUCUGCUGCUGUACAGAUAAAUAUACCUUACAGGAAAAUAUUUUUUAUCAAGUAUAAAGAAGCUUUAAAAGAGCCUAAAAUUAUAUUUAAGGCCCUUUUAGCCCCAGUAGCACGCCCUCAUUCAUUCAUUUAUUCAUAGCAUGAUGCCCCUGUAGUAAUAUAACUGUUUGAGAUCAAAAUUGCUUAAUACACAAGAAAAUAACUCAUCCCGUUAUUUUGUUUUGUUUUUCGAUCUGCGUGCUCUACUCUUCAUUUUAACAUAAUGUUUGCUGACAACUGCCGAUUAAAAUUCAGUGUUGUCAACAUUUUCAAGUUUUUUGGGUUUAAUUUAAUUUGGGUUCCUUAGUAAUCUUCACAGGAUAUGUGUAAUUGCUAGACGUUGACCCAUACAUCGUGUCAUUGUUAUUUUGUAAAAUGGUGUUAAAUGUGAUACUGGUAAUGCUGUGCAUGGUUAGAACAUUUGUCCUGUACGUAAUAUAAAUAUGUCAUCGAUCUCAA